GGUUCUCCGGGAAUGGAGGAGGGCGGGGCUGGCGGAGUGGAGUAGUCCCCGGAUGAGGGCAAGAUGGCGGCGCUGGCGGCGGUCGGGCUGCGGGGGCUCAAGCGGCUGUGCCGCGUCGCCCUCUUCCUCUCGCAGCUCUGCGUCCUCUCCGGGCGGGGAUCAUUGAGCUUAGAGCAUUCUCAUCCUGCUCAGCUGGCAAAAGUUGCAAUAAUCCCUACAAGCACACACAUUCCAGCUUCUAAAGCACCAGAUGUGACGGCAGUUCCCUCGUACGUGGUUGAAUGCCCUAGUAAUGGACCCUGCAGCCGCCUGCCUCCAAAGUGUAUGACCUGUAAAACAAACUUCUCUUGCAUCUAUGGAAAGCCAGCUGUGUUUGACUGUACAGCCAGACCCCAGGUUCACUGUGUUGAUCAGAAGAACGUUCGUCAGGAAAACUUCACGAUCCACAUGACUUGCCAGAUUUGCUGGCAGCUUCCCCCGUCAGAUUAUAUUUGCUCCAAUUCUACAAACUGCAAGACUGUCUCUUGUCCACGAGAACGGUACAGUGCAAAUUGCACGGUUCGGGAUCAUAUUCAUUGCCUAGGUAACCGUACCUUUCCGAAGAUGCUUUACUGCAACUGGACUGGAGGCUAUAAAUGGUCAACAGCUUUGGCUUUAAGCAUCACGCUUGGUGGCUUUGGAGCAGACCGCUUCUAUUUGGGCCAGUGGCGGGAGGGCCUGGGCAAACUCUUCAGCUUUGGGGGCCUGGGAAUCUGGACUCUGAUCGACGUGCUGCUCAUCGGAGUUGGCUACGUGGGCCCUGCAGACGGCUCUCUCUACAUCUAACCAGCGGCACAGAGAACCGUCGGAGAAGACACACACUGGACUUCAAACAUAGGUCUAGGAGCACUUGUUCCAUGUAUGCACAUAUAUUUAAUGUACAGUAUCUGUACUUAGCUUGCCUUUAACUUAAGGUGAAAUAAAUGAAUGGAUCAUUGAACUGCUGUAUGCUAUCUUGGAGGGUUUUUGGUUUUUUGUUUCGGCUUUCAAAUGCAUCUUAUUUUUUCUGUGAAAAAAAAAAUUUUAAGUUGCACAGCUAAAGCGCAGGACUACUUCUUGGAGAGAUGGAAACGAAUUCACACUAGUGGACAUGCCUGGCAAGUUUCCUAAUCAUGCCUGUAAGAGUGGUCUCCCCCGCCCCCACCCCCCUGUUCGAAAUACUGCCUGAGUCCUGGAUUUUGAGUGGAGUGGUAUCUUUCAUCUAAGUUUUUUCUCGCAUUUAAUUGUUCGUAAUCCUGUGACUUUCGAUUUUAUUUCAAGCAAGACUGAAGAAGAUGCAAUAACCUGAGUUUAUUCUAGGCAUUUUGGCGGAAGGGCUGGCCGGUUUUAGAACUGGCCGCUCCACCAUAGACUAGUUUUACAGCACAGGGUGGAGAAAUAUAUGAUCAAGCCCCAGACCUCCCUAUACUUGGCCUUUGUAGAUCUUAAAUUUGCACUUGACCUCAUUUCCAGACACAUUCUAUGGAGGAUGUUAGAGGCCUCCUCAAUCGAUAAGCGAUUGCUUCUCCUUAUCAGGAAGCUGUAUGAUCUGCUGCAACCCAAAGGGCCAUUUAUCCAGUGGUGUCCCUAUAUGUGAUGGAGUUAAGCAAGGAUGUAUACUUACCCCCACAUUGUUCAGUCAAUAUGGGGGCAAUCAUCUUGUAUGAUUUUUGAUGGGAUAGUCUCUUCUUUCUCGGGGAAAGAAGGCCCAGAUUGAAUAUGCAGCUCACCAUGCCAACUGUGCCCCGUUAGAAACUAUCCCAUCAAAAAAAUUUGAGAUCGGUUUUGCAGGUGGCUAGUUGUAUUCCCAGUGCAACUUUGGUUUGGAGGCAGAGUUACAGAUCAUGUAAGGCCAGGUGUCUGGACUCCUGGCCUUAAUUACUGGCUGAAAAUUAUUUUUUCCUGAAGGACCAGCCCCUCUAAUGUUGACAGUUUUUCAAUCAUCAUGGAAACAACCCUUGAUGGAAAAGCUCUUAACUUAUGGGCUUUCACCUGAAAUCUUGAUGACAAUGGGCUAUGAAAGGCCAGAAAUAUGUUGAAACACUGCAUAUUAGAUGUAGCACAUCAACACUAUCUUGGGCUAGUCUCUGAUCAGGUUAAAUCAUGGAGAUUGACUCCUCGUUUGUGCCCAGCCGAUUAUUUCUUUGUGUUAGAAGUACCUAAACACUGAAGACUGUUCUCUGUGGCCAGAUUUAAUGUGCUCCCAUCAGCACUUUUGGAGGGCAAGUUUAAUGAAAUGCCAUACAACAAAUGUGUCUACCCCAGUGGAGGAGGAAGGAUAGAGACAGAAGGAUAUGUGGUGUUUUACUGCAACUUCUACACCCAACUUUGCCCUAAGCUCAUUAACCCAUUUAUCUCACAGUUGCCAGGUUGCUCAGAAGAAUUUUAUGUGACAUUUUUAUUAUCAGAUUAGCAAGCAGUGAUUACUUACUCAGUGGCAACAUUUUGCACUAUGGCUAGCUGAGUGCAUUGUGAAUUAACAAAAGACUCCUCCAAUCUAUAACUGGGUGAACUAAGCAAUGAUAAACGGUUGAAUUGAAUUGGUCUCUGUGCACAUUCUGUUUCAAUUGUUUAUAUUUCAUUCUAUCAUUAUUUCUGAGAUGUAAGUUCUCUGUUAUACUGCUGGUACAUAUUAUACUGGUGUAUAUAUGAUUUUAUAUUCCCUACUGUUACUUCACAUCUGGCAUUAAUUACUACUAUGUUAUAUUACAUCUGGUCAAAGACAGUAAUAAAGGCUUUACUUAUUUAAGUCUAUUUUGAAAAGGAGCAAAGUGUUAACAGAGUUGUUGGGAAUCUUCAUUAGUGGUCUGAUACAUCAGGGUUCCUGACCCUGAGUCCCCAGAUGUUGGACUACAAUUCCCAUCAUCCCUUGCAACAAUGAAGGCUAUUCUGGAAGGGGAUGAUAGUUGUAUUCCAACAUCAUCUGGGACCCAAGGUUGUGAACCCUUGUGGUAGAUGACUGAGCUGCAAUCUUCAUCCUAGACUUCAGACAUUGUAGCAAGUUGAAAUGGAAAUACCCCAUUAAGCUGUCUGCUGUUAAAGAUACAGUCAUACAGUCACCAGUCUGGAACAAUGUUUCUCAACCGCCGGUCGAUGGACCGGUGCCAGUCCGUAAGGCAUCACUAAUAAAAAUCACCUCCAAAAAAACAACUUCUGGCUGCUGGGAGCUCUCCGAAGCUCAUUUCCAGGUAGCCCUCUCUGCUGAAUAAUGUUCAUUUUGAGGAAGUGAAACGAACAUUAUCCAGCAGCGAGGGCUGCCUGCCUAGAAAUGAGCUCUGGAGAGCUUGCCUGGGCUCCGUGGACCUUGGUCCCCACCCACUUUGUGCAUGACAUCACUGGGGGGUAGGGCUAGUGGCAAGGGGGGGGUGACCCCUUUACUAACUGCACACAAAGAUUGUACCAGUCCAUGACUCCAAAAUCAUUGAGAAACACUGGUCUAGAAAGUUAAAACACCAGACUGAGAGUGCAGUUAAAUUCAGUGAUGCCUAACAUGCCAAGCACUGGUUGCUUUUACUGCACAUUGCUCGAACUGGUGGAUGAUGUCACUAUCUGAAUUCCAACCACCCUAAAUCCCACCCUUCUUCACGCCAAAAUCACUGAAUCAGCAAGAAAUGAAUGCAGUGAUGAACUCUAGGAUGCAGAAGUCUUGGGAGGCCGAGGGCUGUUGUCCACACUACGUCGUUCCUGUUUGAUGGUCACCUCUGUGUAGGAAAAGUGUGCACACUGGCCUAAGUAAAAGCACAGGUGUGUCUGUCUCACUGGAUGGACUCCAAGGCCAUAUAUCUGCAGCCAGUUUAGCUACUUGUAUGACCUAGCAUGGAUGGGACUGCUGUGUUCUGCUCUGAAAGGGUUAUUUGGUGAAAUUGGAUUUUGCCAAGGUUUUCAGGCUUGAUGUGGAAUCUGGUAGGGUUCUGGAAUGGCUCUUGAAGGCUCCCCGGAGUGGGGGUCAUCAGCUUGCACGAGGCCUGGCACACUCAGAGGCUUCUGUGUUGUAUGGUGAGCCCUCUGAGAUUUUGCACAGGGGUCUGUUCUGUGCAGAGAGGCCUCUGUGCUUCGUAGCUUGGCAGCCUGGCACCAUGGGUGCAAAACUGCAGUUCUGCCAACAUAUGAUAUUGGGGAAUUGCAAGAAAGCCAAAUGUACAUGGGUGGUUUUUGUUUUACUGUAUGGCGUUAAUCUCAGUGAAGGAAGUCAUGGAUGUAUGUAUGUAUUAGCUUUUAAGGCUGCUUUCACAAGGGCCCCAUAAAUAUAUAUAUAUAUAUAUAUAUUUUUUUUUUUUUUUUCCUGUAUUUUGUUUGACACCACUCUCAUUUCUAAUGUGCAGUUUCAAAUAGUAACCAUUUCACAUUCUUUCAAAGGUUGGCCCCUGCUCCCUCAGUUCCUUGUGCAGGAGAGGCCCUUGUUCCUAUGAGGACAGCCUGAAUACCCUCCUCCUUUGUCCCCAAAACGAAGAUAGACCAUUUAUAAUGCAUAUAGGGAAUAAGGAGGCGUUUGUGCACAGGAAUAGGGAAAUGGAUAUCCAACAUAUUACUUGAAGUAACUAAACACAUUCAUGAGUAUUCAAAUUACAAAUGAUUCUUUUGUUUAAUUGUAUGCUGUAUUAACAAUAUUAAACUGUCAAAAAUUAAAGUAUUAGAGACAAAAAGGCAUUCUUAGUGUCACUUGUGAAAGCACCUUAUUGCAAGGUUCUCAAACUUGGGGACCCAGAUUAUUAUUAUUUAUUAUUUUACACGUCUAUACCGCCCCAUCCAAAGGCUCUGGGUGGGGCAACAAGUAAAAUACACAACAAGUAAAAUACAACAAACAGCAUUUAAAACAAUAUAAAAACAAAUCUAAAGGAGUUCAGAACCAUUUUAAAACCAAUUAAAAAUACUUAAAAGCAAUUCAAAAACCUUGGAAGACCAGGCCAAACAAGCAAGUCUUUAGGGCUCUCUUGAAGGCCAGCCAUGAGCCCAAACUACAAAUCUUUGCCGGGAGUGCAUUCCGUAGGCCAGGAGCAGCUGCAGAGAAGUGCCAGUCUCCUGGCUCUUUGCCUAUCUUUCCGAGUCGCCACUAGACGCGCCGGUGCUAACGGGAGACGGACCUUGCUGGACUGCAGUUCCCAUCAUCUCCAGCCACAAAAGGCCAUUGUAGCUGGGGAUGAUGGGAGCUGAAGUCCAGCAACAUUUGGGGACCCAAGUUUAAUAACCCCUACAUCAUAUGAUUGCUUGCCCUAUAGAUGAACGUAUGGAUUCAAAUAGGAAAACUUGCUAGAUGUUGCAAAUUGCAUCUGUAGGGGGAAGAAAUACUUCAUGACACACUCUUCUGGCACUGGCUUAGUAAUCCCACUGAGUAGGAUAUUUUGUUUUAGGCUCUGAUUUAUCUCGGAUCCUUCAGUUGCUUGGUUUCUACUUUGGAGGAGUGGUUUGUGUGUGGUGCAGAUACUGCAAGAGGUUAUGUAGCGAGAUAGUCUCUUGCUGAACUGAACAGUCAGCUGAAUGUUGUGAUCAAUACACUUAGAAGUUGAGUCUUCAGUUUAAUAUAAUGGAGUCUAAUAAACAAUAUUUUGUUUCAUCCUA